AUGUUUGGGAAACAAGACAAAAUGGACGUUAGAUGCAGUUCAGAGACUGAAGCUAACCGGGUCUCGAAGAACGGACAUAAAGAGGGCAAGGAAAGCAAAGGGUCUGAAGGAAAUAUUUCUACUUCUUUUUUGAAGGAUCAGCAAGGGACUUUUUCUGCCUCUGCAGCUACGGAAGAUUGUAAUAAAAGUAAAUCUAGUUCGGCUGAUCCGGACUAUUGCAGGAGGAUCCUAGUUAGAGAUGCCAAAGGUUCAAUCAGAGAGAUUAUUCUGCCUAAGGGGCUUGAUCUGGACCGUCCCAAGCGGACCCGCACCUCCUUCACGGCCGAGCAGCUCUACCGCCUGGAGAUGGAGGUCCAGCGCUGCCAGUACGUCGUGGGGCGGGAGCGCACCGAGCUCGCCCGGACCCUGCCUCUCUCCCCCGGCCUGCAGGUCAAGGUCUGGUUCCAGAACCGUCGCACCAAGCAGAAAAAGGACCAGGGCAAAGACUCCGAGCUGCGGUCGGUGGUGUCCGAGACCGCCGCCACCUGCAGUGAAGUCCAUUUGGUGGAGCGGGGAUCUCUCCUUCCUGGGGCAGUUUGGGGCAUUCCCGGUCCCCUCGCUGGCUCCGACCCAGCCCUCGCAGCGCUCCCCGGCCCCGCGGGCCCGAUCCUUCGCCCGUGGCCGUGCCAUCUGCAGCCCAUUCUUCAGUUUGAUCCCCCUGCUGUCGGCAACGAUGAAAACAUCGCACCAGUAAGGAUUCGCCCAGCAUCCAAACCUUUACCUGACACGUGGUGUUAUGGCCAACGCAAGAAGACUGGAUCACACGCCUCAUCUGCUCAGCUUCCACAGCCUGGGUGA